AUGGAGGAUCCCCCGGCGAGCCAUGCUCGCAUCGCAGAGCUCGAGCGGGAGCUUGAUCUAUGUCGUGCCCACUCCGAGGCAGCAUCCAUCAGCGCCGAUCAGGCUGCCCGGGCUAUCGAGCGCCGGUACUCCAGCCUGGUUGCCACCCACUCCAAGGCCCUGGAGGAGAAGCAGGCGCAGCAGCAGCGCGCUGAUGCCUUUGAGAAGGAAUGCGCUGCGGCCCGUGCUGAGGUGUCGCGGCUGACCGCCGCGCUGGCCGCCCGUGACGCUGACUUGGAGAAGCUGCGCGCCGAGCUGGCCGCCUCUCAGCGCGGCGCGCAGGCGCUGGAGCGUGCGCUGGCAGAGCGCGACGCACGCGCCGCGGAGCUGGAGGCGCGGCUGUCGGCCUCACAGGCCCGCGCCGCCGAGCUGGAGCGCGAGCGCCGCGCCGCCGAGCUGGAGGGCGUGGUGGCCGAGCUGCGCGCGCACGUGGCGGCGGAGGGCGCCGCCCACGCCGCCGCGCUGGAGGCAGCCGAGCGCGCGCGCGACGAGGCCGAGCGGCGCGCGGCUGCAGAGCGCGACCGCGCACAGCGCGUCCUGCUUGCCGCCGGGCAGGUGGACGUGGCGGGGGCGGACAGCGAGGGAGGCGGCGGCGACGGCGCGAUGCCUGACGCCGACGCCUCCCCGCCGCCGCCCUCUGCAGCACAGCUGUCCAGCCCCAGCCAGGUGUACGCGAGGUAUGUGGCGGCGGCCACGCGCGCGCGCGCCGAGGCGCUCAAGGUCCGCCAGCAGGAGAUCGUGCUGGAGGAGCUAUGCGCGGAGGUGGAGAAGCGCGCGGUGCUAGUGCGCGAACAGCAGGCGGAGUACGAGCGGCUGAAGGGCGCGUACGCAGGCAUGGGUGCGGCGCUGGAGGGCGCUGAGGCCGAGGCCCGCGCUGCGCGCGCCGAGGCUGAGGCCCUGCGCGCGCAGCGCCGCCGCGACGCGCGCGAGCUGCGCGGCCUGGAGCAGCAGCGCGUCGACCUGGGCGCGCAGAUCGUGACCGAUAGCCUGCUGCUGGAGUUCCGGGACCUGGAGGAGCUGCAGCGCAGGAACGCGCAGCUGGUGGCGGUGAACCGCGAGCUGGCGCGCGAGGCGGAGGCGCGGCGCGAGGAGGCACGCGCCGAGGUCCGCGCCGAGUUUGAGGGCGUGCUGUCCGGCCUGCGCGCCGACCUGGACGCGCUCAAGGCCGCCGGCGCCGCCGCGCGCGACCUGCUGGAGAAAGUCACGCGACAGCGCGACACGCUGCGCGCACUGCUGGCCGGCGCGGACGGCGACCUGGCCGCGGCGCGCGAGGGGUACGCGCUGGCGCUGCGCCGAGGCGGAGGGGAGGGGGGCCCGGACGACGCCGCGGACGCCACGGAGGCCGGCGGCGAAGGCGGGGGAGGCGCGGCCAGCGCCCGCCCGGCGACGCCCGCGCCGGGGACGCCGCGGCGCGGCGCCGCGCGCGACGACGCGGGCGUCCGGGCGCUGGAGGCGCGCCUAGCCGACGCCGAUACCCAGUUUGCACAGUUCAGGGAGGAUGCAGCCGCCACGCACGACCUUCUGCGCGCUGACCUGGCGAGCACGCGGGAAGAAGCCAGCGCGGCGCGCACCGCGGCGGCCAAGGCGGCGGCGGAGGCCGAGUUUGAGCGCGGGCACGCCGCGCGCCUGGCCGAGUCGCUGGAGAUGCAGCGCGCUCAGGUCGAGGACCUGCUGGCCGGCAACGCGCGCACGCAGGCCGCGCUGGGCGAGGCCGAGCGCCGGCUGGGCGAGGCGCAGGCGGUCGCCGACGAGGCCGUCGGCAAGCUGCGCGCCGCGUCGAUUCGCGUGGAGUCGCUGGAGGCGGAGCGCAAGCUCAUCGCGGCGGCCGAGGCGCGGGCCAGCGCCGAGCUGGCGACGCUGUCCCGCGACAGCUUCCGCCUGGCCGCCGAGCUGGAGGGCGCGCGCGCGCAGGCCGCGGACCGCGAGCGCGCUCUCGCGGGCGAGGCCGAGGCCGCGCGCGGCGAGGCAUCGCCGCUGCGCGAGGAGGUGGCGGCCGCGCAGCAGCGCGCCGCCGCCGCCGAGGCGCGGGUGGAGGUCCUGCAGGACGCCGUGCGACGCGGCGAGGAUCGCGCCGCUCGCACCGAGGCCGCGAGGGGCGCGGAGGCCGGGAGGGGGAUGGGCGGCGGGGCGGGGAUGGGCGGCGGGGCGGGGGCGGGCGGCGCGGAGGGAGGCGCCGCCAGGGGGGGAGGCGCCUCCACGGGAACGUCUCCCCCGGCGGCGGCCGAGCUGGCGCUGGUGCGGGAGGAGCUGGCGGCGGCGCAGGAGGCGGCGGCGGCGGCGGCUGCCGCCGCGCGCCAGUACGAGCUGCUGGCGCGGACGGGGGAGGAGGCGCUGCGCGCCGCGCGCCUCGACCACGAGCGCUUCCGCCUGGAGGCGGCGGAGGCCGGCGAGGCCGCGGCGCGCGAGGCGGCGAGCCUGCGCGCCGCGCUGGCCGCCAGCGAGGACGCCCUGUCCGCCGCGCGCGCCGCGGAGCGCGAGUUCGCCGCCGAGCUGGAGAGGGCGGAGGGCGAGCGCGCGCGGGAGGCCGACGCGCUGCGCCGCGAGGCCGAGGCCGCGCGCGCCGAGGCGCAGGCCGCUUCGGGGCGCGAGGCUCGCCUGAUGGAGGAGGUGCACGGCGCCGUGGAGCGGGAGGCCGCGGCGGUGCGCAACUACCGCGCGGAGGUCACGCGGCUGGAGGCGGACUGGGAGCUGGAGCGCGGGGAGUUGGCGGACAAGGACAAGCUGCCGCCGGCGCGGUGGAAGGAGGUGCAGGCCGCCAAGGAGGUGCGCCUGGUGGAGCUGGAGCAGCGCCUGGGCGCGCAGGCCGCGGAGGGGGAGGCGUCGGCCGGCGCGCAGCAGGAGGAGCUGGCGCGGGCCACCGCGCGCGUCAAGGAGUUGGAGAUCCGGCUGGAGAGCGUGGAGCAGGCCGCCGCCGCCGCCAGGAGCGAGCUGGCCGCUGCCAAGGCCCGCUUCAUCGCCAACACCAAGAACUUCACAAAGGCGAGGGAGGCCAAGGACGAGGCGAUGCGGCAGCAGGAGCAGCAGCUGCGCGAGCAGGUGGCCAGCCUCGACAGCCAGCUGCAGGCGGCGGCGAGGGAGAAGAGCGAGGCCGUGCGGCACGCAGAGGCCAGCCCAGGGACGAGGGCCGCCAGGGCAAAAGCCAUGGAGGGCAUUCGCGCCGGGGCCCAGGCCAAGCUGGCGGCCGACCUGGAGAAGAGGAAGCUGGGCGGGGGUGGCGCAGAGGGCGCCGACGUCGAGGGCGUGCAAGAAGCUGCGCCGGCUGGGAAGCGGGCGCGUGUCGACCCGGAGGAGCGGGCGCCCCCGGUCGCCGAGCCUGCUGCCGCGCCGGGCGAGGCGGCGCCGUCUGUGGAAGUGCCCGCGGUGGCGGAGGCAGAGGAGGCCGACGGCCAGGCGGGACCCCUGGUCCAGGAGGUGGAAAGGGUGGAGGCCGUGCAGGUCGAGCCUGCCUCCGAAGAGGACGAUGAAGCCAUGGCAGAUGCGGAGGCCGCGCCGGAGGAGGAGCCCUCCUACCUCGUGGAAGUCCCCCCCAGCGCCGAGCCGUCGGAGGCUGGCCCACCCGAUGCCAUCGCCGAGGAGUCUGGCGAUGCCGGCGAGGUCGAGGGGCUCGCAGAGGAAGACUUUCUCGAGUAUGAGGGUGAGCUCGAGCUGACUGACGGCGAGGCCACCGGAGCCGCGGUCGCCGCCACUGAGCCCACCGCACCGGUGGGCCCCGAGCCGAGUGCAGCGCAGCAGCCUGCUGUGGAACCUCCCACAAAACCCGUGGCAGGGAGUCCUGGGCGGGCGGCCAAGGCUGCUGACGCAGGGGGUGCCAAUGUCCAGGCCAGAGCAGAGAACAGCGUGGCCCUGGCCUCUGCGGCGGAGGAGCCCGCGCCAGACACUGGCGCCACGACCCCUCAGCAGCGACGGGCCGGGGACGGCGGCGAGAGCGGUGCGGAGCGCCGCAAGAGGCAGCGCAGCAAGAUCAAGUGGCAGGCGCCGCCGCUGGGCGCGGGUGCCGCCGCGAGUCCGGGCGCCCUGCCCGGCGGGAUCCGUGGGGGCCGCACGGCUGCGGGGCGGCAGGCGCUCCUGAGGGGCCGCGGCGGGAGGAGCAUACGAGGCCGGGGCGGACCCCCGCACCCGCCCACGCCCCCACCCUCCUCAUGA